GGCGCGCACGACUCGCGUGCGGGCGGGGAAAUAUGCUGUUGAACAGUCAGAGAGGGCUCACGAGUCUGUCGCUUAUCGUAAUCCAACAUUAGUUUAUGUGAAGAAGAGCCAUGAAGAAACACCUGAGCCCCACGAAACAGCAGCAUCAGCCGCCGCCGCCGUCGCCACCGGCUGACGUCCCGGCUCCAAGCAGCGAGGUUACUGUCCAGCAACUUAACGAGCUUCUGUCCGAUGGCAGCGGCUUCUACAACCUUCCGACCCAACACUUUAACGAGGUCUUCCCCAGAAUUUACGUCGGCAACGCGUUUGUAGCCCAGAACACAAUGCGUUUGCAGAAACUUGGAGUUACGCAUGUCCUCAACGUGGCAGAAGGCACCUCCUUCAUGCACGUUAACACAAGUGCAGAGUUCUACGCCGGCACAGGCAUCACGUACCACGGCAUCCAGGCCAACGACACCGAGCAGUUCAACCUCAGUGCCUUCUUUGAGGAGGGGGCUGAUUUUAUCGACAAAGCAUUAGCGCACAAUAAUGGCAAAGGAAAGGUGUACGUACACUGCAGAGAAGGCUACAGCCGCUCUCCUACUAUGGUUGUUGCUUACCUCAUGCUGCGCCAUAAAAUGGAUGCCCGGUUGGCGGUGGCCACCGUGAGGCAUAAGAGAGAGAUCGGCCCAAAUGACGGCUUUCUUCGCCAGCUGUGCCAAUUAAACGAGAAACUGGCGAAAGAGGGUAAGCUGAACGGAGACGUGGGCAAACUAAAGACCAAAUGAAAGCACGAGAGGCGUGAAUCUUAAGGGACCCUCUGCCCGUCUCCUCCUAUCAAGCCUUUCGUAGGCAUCAGCUGCUCUGGGAGGCUGACCCCCACCCUGACCACACCAGCGCCCAUCCAACACAUCAGGGGUAUCCUGAAACAUUCAUUUAUCUGUGUAAACUAUUCCUCAUGUGCACAAACACUGGUUUUCUUUCCAUUCUUUACCACAAGUUUCAGAAAUCUUUACAGAUUUUGCUGCAUAUCUGCAGCGAGCUCUAAAUUUGGAGGAUUUUGAGCUACUUAAAGCAUUCCUUCAAGUCCCACAAGUUAAGAAGAUAAAAAUUUUGCCCUAAUUUUUCAAAACUUCCUCACAAAUUUGUUUGGGAUAAAAGAUUAUAGCACAAUCAUUCCAUAGUUUCCUACUGCCAUAAUGUCAGUGAUUUUUGCCACUAACAGGAGUACUCCAUAAAUUCCUAAUAAACUCUUGAUGGCUGCACGUGAUGCAACAAAGCGGAAAUCCCAAACAUUCCAUGAAACCCAAAAAAGACACCCAGACUUUAAAAUGCUUAAUUCUUUAUCUCCUGCCUGUUCAGGUAGACUUUUAAUGCACAAACGUUUCACCCUCUGAUGCGUCUAAAAGCAAACUGUAGCUGUGCAGCAUUUCAGUUCUGGCCUCUAGUUUUACAGCAGUGGCAGCGAAAGGUGCAGAGAACAGGUUGAACUAAUUAAAAUUAACAAGCAGCAUAAGUUCUCAAGUUGCCACCGUUUUUAGCUACUGAUAUGACGAAUAUUAAUUUUAGUUGGACUGUAAGCCCCGUUAGUCUCCACAGUAGGUCGUGGCAGCAAUCUGAGGGGGAGGCUGUAUCAAAUAACUGUUUCAUCUACAGCUACAAAUGAGCUCAUUUGCAGUGUUUUGUUUUCUGUAGUAUAUAUUUGACUAAAUUAAUUUCCUCUUCCUUACAAAAUUGUGUUUUAACUCAUGUUACAGGACUUCAUCUCUCCCUUAUUUGAACUGAAUCCAAGUAAAAGAAGUUCAGCUUGAUAAUAAAUGGAAUCUGCAGGUUCAGCUUGUGAACACUGUUUGUAUCCCUGUAGAAAUUUUAAAAGCACAGCGUAAAAUUAACUGACUUAACAGGGACUAACAAAAUUUAUAUUCAGAAACAUUCCUACAAUAUUUUCUCUAUUCCAGUCCGUUUUCAUUUUAUUAUAAGAAACAAAGCUGUUGUUUUAAAUUCAUUUUAAGGGAAAGUCAUCCUCUUGAUGAAGUUUAUUUUUCUUGGCCUGUGGGCUGUUGAUCCAUCUUGUUUAGAUGUGAGUUGCAGUUUGAUAAUUAUGUCUUAUUAUGAGUAUAUUAAAUAUAGAUUUCACUGUUUUUUUCCCUUAAUGCUCAAGGAGCCAAAAGAUUUAUUUGUGAACA